CCGACUUGGACCAGUCUAGUAUAAUAAUCACAUUCCGUGCUACUUUUUCUUGCAUAUAUAUUUUUUGUACUUUUGUUUUAUUCGCAACAGCACUCGCAAAGUACACCAUGAAUCUUCACGGGUGCUUCUGGAUAGACUGAAUGAAGAGACCACAAAAUUCUAAGCACUUCUCGAUAUCAGCUGUGAGGUAUGGGGUCUGGCAAUGAUGCCGACCAGGACUGGUACAUUGACGGCAGCGAUGAUGAGAAGUACAACCCAGCCAAGAUACCAGGGGUUGUCUGGCAACCGAACCCUAAGGACAUCUUGGAGAUGUUUGACAAGUUGUCUCGGGACAAGGCUGUGCUGGAGUUGAAGUGGCAGUGUCCUGGCCGGCGGUCGCCCGAGCUCGAGAAAGACAGUGAUGAGGAAAUGGACGACCAGGAACAGGAGGACGACCAGGAGGAGGUUGUGGAGGAGGAGGUUAAAGCUCCGGAGCCAAGUGCAUUUGAUUUUGACGACUUUGGAACAGAGCCAUCAGGCAAUAUUACACCGAGGAGCAUUUCAGGUGGUAGGAAAACGCCUCAUACUCAGAAACACGUGGCCCGCAUGGAUAAAGUCCUUGAUGACAUCAGACGACAACAGCUGGAACGUAAUGCAAUUAAGGAGGCUCGCAGAGUAGCAACCCGCUCACCGGGGAGUCCAGCAAAUGUGCGAUUUCGGCUCGGAAUGAUGGGCAGCCCUGGAAUGACUAGGUCCGAGAUAACCACUACUCCACAGCGCCCGGUAUUGGGAGAAUCGGGGAUGAAUAGGUCGGACGUAACAACCACCCCACAGCCUGCGCCGUCGGCCGAUUCGGUGUCGACGAAGCAGACAAGACCUGGGACCCCAUCGCGUGAGAAUGGUGACGGCGUGGGAAACACCAGUAGUUCCAGACAGGCUGGGUUAAGAACGGGACUGUCUCCCAAACCAGCUGGCACACCGUCUGGUGGCACCCCAGCACAUUCUCCAGCACCACCUGCCACUGCAGUGCACAGACAGUCUCCUGGAGCUCAACAGACGGCACCUCCGAGUACAGACACGUUCAAGCCAGGUUCUUAACUGGACUGGAAACUCCGUCAACGUGUUCAAAUCCAAUGAAGGUUCAGGCACGCUCAUCCCGGGCUUUGCCUCCGACAUCGCCAGUGACUAAGUCCUGCCCUACAUGGCUGUGGAUGUUUUAUAUUUUUUAGAUAUAUACUUCUUUUUUUUAUAAGAUCAAGGAUAUAUCAUAAAUAAAAUGGAAGCCCAUUACACAAAAGGCAUCAUAUGGAAGUAGGCGAGCAUUUACCUCGAUAGAUUUAGGUAGAAACAUGAGGAUCAGGUUUAUUUUUUUUAAAACCCACCUCAUUAGUCUUAAAAGGAAACAACAAUAGACAUAAAAAGGGGUGGUGGGUACAUCUUGCAGAUUUGUACAUCAUAUGGAAGUAGGCAAGCCUUCACAUUGAUAACUCACGAUUAGUAGCCUAGAUUUAGGUAGAAUCAUGAGGGUCAAGUUUUUUUGUUUUUUUAAAAUUCAUCUUCAAAGGAAAUAGAACCAUGGCCAUCAAUAAAGGGGGUAACAAAAGUCUGAAGAUACAGCAUUGCUUAUUCCUCUCCCCCCCCCCCCCCCCCCCCCCUUCAAAUGUGAAUUAAUCUAUAACUGGACUCUUUGGACACCUGUGAGAACCAUUUGUACCAGAGUUUAAUUGACUGGUCUUAAAGAGGUCAGUAUAGCGAUUGGACAUCAUGUAUGUUUUAUACUGUUGGAUAUUACCAUUUGAAGACUGGUAUCAAUGUCUGGUCCAUGUUGCAUAUUUAAUGUUGUAAACGUCUUCAGCAAACACUGCAGACCUUGUCUUUGUCUUCAUGUAGACCUGUAUUAAAAUAUUGAAUAAAUUCCUGUUGAGAAAA